UCCGUAUUUCACAUUCAGCGUCUGAACCAUUCACUCCCCGCCUGAGACGUGGUGUGCCACCGGAAAUAUUUCUUCUCUGGUCCAGACGGCGGAGACCUGAGGAGAAGCCAUGAUCACAUAGCCUGGUUUACUUUCGUCCCCUGUUCUCGCCGUCACUUCCGCUCGCUCGUUCACUCGACUCUGGCGCGCAUGCGCCUUGGAAGCGCGAUAUGCCGCACUCUACAUUGCACUCGGCCGGUUCCCACAUACGGGCUGCGUCUCAGUCUCGCGCGCCGCCGAGCAUCAACGGCAAACCAAUUCCUGGAUCGAACGUCAUCCCGACGCACGGAGAGACGGAGAAGUUUCCCGACUUUGAUGAUGGGCACGUCGUUAAUACCAAUGGCCAUGGUACAAAUCAACGCUGGCAGCAAAACGGUUCCGCGUACGGCAACGGCAACGGCAACGGCUCGGUCACGCAAUCGUCCGACCGUUGGCACGCCCGCCGCGACAGUCGAGUAAAAUGGUCCAAUUCCUCGGGCCAUACGAGGAAGCCCAGCAAUAUCAGCACUGCAAUCCACCGCAUGCGCUCUGGAAGCAUGAGCCAGAACGCACAUGAGAUCGCAGAUGCGCUCCGUGCUCCCGUGUCGUGGAAACUAAUUGUGCUCUGCAUUAUGUGGUACUGGUCCUCGGCCUUGACCAACACAUCGUCCAAAGCCAUCCUCACGGCAUUCGACAAACCCGCAACGUUGACACUCAUCCAGUUCGGAUUCGUCUCUUCCUACUGCGUCCUCUUUUCUUGGCUAGCGUCCGUCUUCCCCCGGUUAAGGGCUGCCAUCCCGGCGCUCAAACACCCCAUCCGAUACCCCUCGCGAGAAGUCCUCCAGACGACGCUGCCACUGGCAGCCUUCCAAAUCGGCGGCCAUCUACUCAGCUCCAAUGCCACCUCCAAAAUACCCGUUUCACUCGUCCAUACAAUAAAGGGGUUGUCUCCCCUGUUCACCGUCCUAGCUUACCGCUUCAUCUUCGAUAUUCGGUACCCGAAAGCGACCUACAUCUCCCUCGUCCCCCUUACCCUUGGCGUUAUGCUAGCCUGUUCCGGCAACCGAUCGUUUGGCGGAGAGUUCUUGGGCAUCCUUUAUGCGCUUCUUGCCGCCAUCAUUUUCGUAACCCAAAACAUAUUCUCCAAGCGCCUUUUCAACGAGGCCGCGCGCGCCGAGCAAGAAGGGCAUGUGGGGCAAUCACGCAAACUGGACAAGCUCAAUCUGUUGUGCUACUCGUCAGGCCUUGCAUUCCUUCUCACGGGUCCCAUCUGGUUCUGGUCCGAGGGCAUCGACAUAGUAGGCGAUUUCCUCUGGGACGGGAGCGUCGACCUCAACCAGAGCCCCAACUCGCUCGACCACGGCCCCCUGAUGCUCGAAUACAUCUUCAACGGCACCUUUCAUUUCGGGCAGAACAUCCUCGCCUUUGUCCUGCUAUCCAUGGUCUCCCCCGUCACAUACUCGGUCGCGAGCCUGAUCAAGCGCGUCUUUGUUAUCAUCAUUGCCAUCAUCUGGUUUCGCAGCCCGACGACAAACAUUCAGGCCGUCGGCAUCGGUCUCACCUUCCUUGGCCUCUACCUCUACGACCGCAGCAACCACAAGAACAAGGCCGAUCAGCGAGCGCGGUCCAUGACCGAGACUAAGAGAAACGAGACCCUUUUGCCCCUGAGCGAAAAACACGGCGUCUCCCUGCCUAUUCCCAAUUUCGGAGGGCCGAUCGGCACCAGUGGUAGUGCCGUGGGCGGUCAGAACGGGUCAGCCAUGUUUGAAAGCCCCGUGAGCAUGUCUGCCGCUGAGUCUGCGACGGGGCAUGUGUACACGCAGCCGUUCUUGCCCAAUUCCCACCUGAGCGAUUCCAAGAAAUCGGAUGAUGCGGGCAGGGUGGGACGUACUCGCGGGGCGAGCAACGCCGGGUGGCUGCCUCCCGGAACGAGGCAGGAGGAUACCUGGCGGGCCGGGGACGUUCAGUCGGUAGCCGCGAGGUGAACGACGAGCGAUGUGUUAUGAGGGUGACGCGUGUUGGAUUCAUGAUCGGUUCCGGCUUGGCUGGCAUGGCUCAGCUUGACUUCGGGUUACGGUAGGUAGGACCGUUUUUAAGGGAUUGACUUCACCAUGUGCAUGUGUUUUUCUCGCUGGCAUUAGUAUUCCUUCUUGGUAGACUCGGAUCGGAUUAGAGGGCGUCUGUGUAUCAUAAAUCUUGAAAACCUAGGGCACCGGUGCCAGUGUUGUAUGAUACCAAGCAUUGAUAAUAGACUCAGGCCGCAUGCUGCCUCUUUCACAGA